AUGGCUCAAGAAUUUGAGAUGGCGGAUAUCGGCAUCAUGGCCUACUAUCUUGGGAUAGAGGUAAAGCAAAUGGAGGACUGCAUUUUCAUCUCACAAGAAGGAUAUGCAAAAGAGAUUCUAAAGAAAUUCAAUAUGGAGGGCUGCAAGCCCGUAUGCACCCCCGUCAAAUGCGGAAUCAAGUUGUCGAAGAAUGAUGAAGGUGAAAAAUUAAAUCCAACACUUUUUAAGAGUCUUGUUGAAAGUCUAAGAUAUUUGACGUGCACAAGACCAGAUAUCCUUUUUGGAGUUGGGCUCAUUAGUCGCUAUAUAGAGAAACCUACCAUGACCCAUAUGAAAAUUGCAAAGAGAAUUCUUCACUACAUCAAAGGUACGCUUGAUUAUGGCUUAGUCUAUUCAUCAUCUAAUGAGUUCAAACUUGUUGGAUAUAGUGACAGUGAUUGGGGCGGAGAUAGUGAUGAUAAAAAGAGUACGACUGGCUACAUCAAGUAUCUGCCAUGCGAUUUGGCUUAG